AUGAAGACCAAAAACAAAAACACGUUUUCGGCCAAAGAGUCGAAACGAUUGAAACGACUUUUGGCCCGAAAUGCGACCGAAAAGCCCACGAAAGCCGUGAAAUCGCGGCCUCAGGACCGCAGCCAAGCACUGGCCGCCCGAUCGCGCGCUCGCCUCUCGUACUCGCGAUUUCGCGCACAAAACGAGUUCUUGUAUUCGCACUCUUCCUCCGAAGCGAACGACUUCUUCAGCGAAGACUCGUUCCGCGAAUACCACGCCGUCUACGAGAAGAUCGCCGACAAAUGGCCGCAAAAGCCCAUCAAUCAUACUCUGACUUCCGAGACUUCGGGCCGUCUCGUGGUGGCGGACAUCGGGUGCGGAAGUCGUGCGCAACUCCGCGACGCCUUUCCCUCGCAUUUCGUCCAUUCGUUUGAUUUGGUAGCCGACAGCCCUCACGUGACCGCAGCCGACAUGUGUUCGCUCCCAUUGGACGCCGACUCGUGUGACGUCGCGGUCUUCUGUCUCUCUCUGAUGGCCACGAAUCUCGCGCACGCGCUCUCAGAAGCCAACCGCGUCCUCAAAGCGGGCGCGCGACUCAUCAUUGUUGAGGUCGCCUCUCGUUUCCAACCAAUCACUGAACAGCAGUUCGCGCGACAAAUGACGCAACACUUCGGCUUCAAAUUGCGAGAACAGCGCCACCUCUCGAGCGACAACUUCUUCGUGUUCUUCGAGUUCCAGAAGACCGCAAAGUGUUCGCAAUCUUUGCCACAAAUUACUCUCAAAUCCUGUGCUUUCAAAAAGCGAUAG